AUCGAAAAAUUAAAAACCGACUGAGAGAAACGAUUCGAAAUCGAUUGAUCUCGAGGAAGAAUGCUGAGAGUCGUUGAAGAAAUGUGAAAUUACGAGGCGUUGCGCGAUUUUAUCCUGUUGCGUGUUGCUAAAUGCUUUACAGUUUUCGCUCUUAAAAAAGCGAUGUAAAUUCGAUACUCGCAUCUAAUCGUUGCGCCUUUUUCUGUGGUGCUAGUUAUUUAUCCCGAUGAAUAACAUUGCAUGUGUAGUAGAAUUUAUUGAAAAACUGUUCUUAUGCAUGUAUUGCAGAAGCUUGGAAAGACUGCGAUGGUGCGAACGCAAAGCGAACGGUCUGAAAUCGGUGGUCGAACAAAUCGUAGAGGAGAUCGCCACGCACAGCAACUGCAUAGUUUUCAUUACCGAUCCCGCUUAUCGUCGACUAAUCGAUGUGCGUGCCAUCGAAAUAUCUUCCUUCUUGAGAUACGAUAUCGCCGUACGCGAUAACGAAAAGUUUUCACCGCCAAGGAAAAAAAUAGCGAGAACGCUUCAACAAGUCAAAGGUUGCGAUGCAUAUGUUAUACUAAUCAGCAAUGGGCUGCUAACGUCACAAUUCCUGCAAUAUGUCGAAGGAGAACGUCUGAUCAACACGCGCGGUUACUUCUUACUUCUGCAUGACAAUCGGCUGUUCAGGCCCGAAUUGCAUUACAUCUGGAAUCGAAUUGUAAACGUGGUGUUCAUACGACGAUACAACACAUACAAUUACCGUUCGGGUGAACGAAUUACCGUGGAACAAAUCGAUCUCAAUACCGUUUCUUAUCCGUCGUAUACCAGAGACUUCACGGCGAUCAAGUACAUCGAUACGUGGCAGAAUGGCAAAUUGCGUUACGGUAACAAUCACUACAUUCCGAAAACUACGGACCUACGUGGCAUGAGUUUGCGAAUUGCAGUUUUCGAACAUAUACCGGCCGUGACGGAAGCAUCGCGAGAUUACUACCAACAAAGUACAACAACUACAAGUCCUAAGGCUUUGGGUAUCGAAUUCGAAUUAAUCCGAGUCAUAGCAAGGGCGAUGAACUUUAAAACGAAUUACUAUAUGCCUGCUAACAUCGAGAAGGAGAGAUGGGGACGAUGGGGCCAUGAGGGAGAUAACGAUAGCUACACGGGCCUAAUCGGCGAGGCGAUUGCCGAAAAUGCUGAUUUUUUCCUCGGAGAUCUACAUUAUACACUAUAUCAUCUGAAUUAUUUCGACCUAUCUACACCGUAUAAUACGGAAUGCCUUACCUUUUUAACGCCGGAAGCUUUAACCGAUAAUUCAUGGAAAUUACUGAUAUUACCUUUCAGGCUGAACGCGUGGAUAACGCUUCUUUGCACCCUAUUGUUGGCCGGCGUAGCUUUCCACGUGUUUGCGGUGUUCUAUCAGAAAUACAUAGACUCGCGUGAGUCUGUGAAACACGACAAAUUGGACGCGUACGACAGUAUGAAGGGUCUGUAUCUGUUCACCGAGCUCCAGAACAGUGUGCUGUACACAUACAGUAUGUUACUCCAAGUCUCUCUACCGCGUUUGCCGAACGCCUGGACUGUGAGGGUCUUCAUCGGCUGGUGGUGGAUCUACAGCAUCCUGGCAGCCGUCAUUUACCGCGCCAGCAUGACGGCGACCCUGUCAAAGCCUGCCGCUAAAGUAACUAUCGAUACUUUAGCGCAGCUGACGAGAUCGUCGCUAGCGGUAGGAGGAUGGAACGAAGAGGGCAAAGAGUUCUUCCUCGCCUCCUCGGAUUCGCACAGUCUCGAGAUCGGCAAUAAAUACGAGUUGACGGAAAACGAGGAGGAUGCGAUUGAUCGAGUGGCGAACGGGAGGUUCUGUUACUACGAGAACUCAUAUUUAUUGCAACACGCUCGCGGAAGGCGGAUAUUCGAGAAGCAAGAUGAUCGGCAGAAUAUGAGCGAGAAAAACACUAAAUCGUCAGUGAAAUACAAUCUACAUAUUAUGGAGGAAUGUUUCGUCCAUAUGCCGAUCGCGUUAGGGAUGGAAAAGAAUUCUCCGCUCAAGCCCCACGUGGAUUUAUGGGUGAGGCGGAUGACAGAAGUCGGUUUGGUGCGCAAAUGGCUGAGUGAUGUCAUGGAAUGGUCAAAGAUCAAUGAGGCACGGCAAAGAUCAAAAUCCGAGAUCGCGUUAGUAGAUCUACCCAAGUUAUACGGCGCUCUUAUUGCUCUCGGGAUCGGUUAUCUCCUCAGUUUCCUAGCUUUAUUCGGCGAAAUUCUGCACUGGAAAUAUGUCGUCUUAAAAGAUCCGAAAUACGACAAAUAUAAUCUCGAUGCAUUUUAUAGAAGCAAUAAUAAACCUAAGAAGAAUAAAACUAAUUAAAGCAAU